AUGGGAGUUCACAGUGAAGAAGCGGAAUCCUAUAAGAAUAAGGGAAACGAAGCCUUUAAACUCGAAAACUAUGAAGAAGCCAUAUCCCUUUACAGUAAGGCUAUCGACCUCGCUGAGAAAGACAGCCGUGAUCUGUCUACCUACCUAAAGAAUCGCGCCGCAGCCUUUUUGAAAACCAAAAAUUAUGAAAAAGUUAUCAAAGACUGCGAUGAAGCCCUACGAAUUGUAUCGGAAGACCCAAAAGCCUUAUUUCGACGUUCACAAGCCCUGGAAUCUUUGGAACGAUAUGAAGAAGCAUACCGUGAUGCUAAAGCUAUAUUUACUGUAGAUCCUACUAACAAGGCAGUGCAACCAGUACUGUCGCGGCUACAUGCUAUAGUACAGGAGCGAGCCAGGCAGAGUGCUCAAACCAGCAACAAAGUGGAACAAAUGUUCAAACUUGCAUUUAACUUACAGGAAGAUCUUGAAAAACGUGAAAAAGCUAUGUCUAACCUCCUGGUGCUUGCAAAAGAAAAUGCUGGUGCAGAAAUUAUGUUAAAAAAUGGUGUAGUUCACAAAAUCCAACAACUACUUAAAGUUGAGAAACAUGCUGAAAUAUACAUUAAUGCAGUGAGAGUCAUUAGCCAACUUUGCAAGAGAAAUGUUGAAAGAACAAAAGCAGUGAUCAAGAUUGUUGGCAUACCCUGGCUGCUGGAAGUCAUUGAUAGUGAAAAUGAAGAGAGAGUCAGUGCUGCUCAGUAUUGCCUGCAGGUUUUACUUAACACAUUUUCUGGAAUGGAUAACAAAAAAGACUCUACACCAGACCCAAAACUCUGUGAAGAAUAUAAAAGUGAAAUAGAUACUCUACUUACUUGUUUAACUUACUCAAUAACAAACAGGGUUAUAAGUGGACAGGCAAGGGAUGCCAUUGUUGAGUUAGUUAUGAGAAACUGCCAUUACAGUGCAAUAAACUGGGCUGAAAGAUUUGUUGAAAUCAAAGGACUGCAGCGGCUGCUUGAGGUUUGCAGUGAAUUAGAAGAGUACAAAUAUGAAUCAGCGUUGAACAUCACUCCCUCUUCUAGAACCAUCGCUGCUGCUUGCCUGGCAAGAAUCUAUGAGAAUAUGUAUUAUGAUGAAGCCAGAGAAAAGUUCAAUAACCAAGUAGAUGACUUUGUGAAAGAUAAGCUAAUGUCACCUGAUUUGGAGUCAAAAGUAAGAGUUACUGUGGCCAUUACUUCUUUGCUACGGGGUCCUUUGGAUGUUGGAAAUUAUGUAAUUUCAAAAGAAGGUAUUAUUGAAAUGAUAUUGGUCAUGGCUCAAACUGAAGAUCCUCUUCAACAAAAAGUUGCUUGUGAAUGUUUGGUGGCUGCAGCAUCCAAGAAAGAUAAAGCUAGAACUAUUAUCAACAAAGGAGUAGACAUUUUGAAAAAGCUAUAUCAGAGUAAAGAUGAUGCAGUUAGGGUGAGAGCCUUAGUUGGUCUUUGUAAAGUGGGUAGUUUUGGAGGAGAUGAUGCAUCUGUGCGACCAUUUGCUGAUGGUUCUACUAAAAAGUUAGCUGAAGCUUGCAGGAAGUUCCUUGUUAAUCCAGCUAAAGAAAAUGAUGUCAGGAAAUGGGCUGCAGAAGGGCUUUCUUACUUGACCUUGGAUGCUGAUGUGAAAGAGAAACUGGUUGAAGAUAAAGCUGCCCUGCAUGCCCUUAUAGAACUAGCUAAAAGUGGUGACCAAUCUUGUCUUUAUGGUGUUGUUACUACAUUGGUCAACUUAUGUAAUGCUUAUGAAAAACAAGAGGUCAUGCCAGAGAUGAUGGAGCUGGCAAAGUUUGCCAAACAUCAUAUACCAGAAACACAUGAAUUGGAUGAUCCAGAUUUUAUUAACAAAAGGAUAACUGUAUUAGCUAAAGCGGGUGUAACAUCAGGUUUGGUUGCCCUGGCCAAAACUGAAAGCCACAAUUCUAGAGAAUUAAUUGCGCGAGUUUUUAACGCCAUCUGUGGGUUGCCAGAACUCAGAGGUAUAGUUGUGCAACAAGGUGGUGCAAAAGUUCUAAUUCCAAUGUCGCUUGAAGGCACUAAAAAUGGAAAAAAACAAGCAGCUCAGGCACUAGCACGCAUUGGGAUAACAAUCAACCCAGAAGUAGCUUAUCCAGGUCAGAGGAAUUUAGAAGUUGUUAGACCUCUUGUAGGCUUACUUCACCCUGACUGCACAGCUUUGGAGAAUUUUGAAGCUUUGAUGGCCUUAUGCAACCUAGCUGGAAUGAGUGAAUCUACAAGGAAUAGGAUAUUGAAAGAAGGUGGUCUUGCUAAAAUUGAACAUUACUUAUAUGAAGAUCAUGAAAUGCUGCUAAGAGCAGCGACACAGUGUAUUUGUAAUUUAGUACAAUCUGAUGAUGUUAUCAAAACCUAUGAGGGCAAUAAUGACAAAACGAAAUUUUUGUAUCUCCUGUGUCAAGAAGAAGACACAGACACAGUGAUGGCAGCUGCAGGGGCUUUAUGCAUACUGACAUCUGCAAGUAAAACAUGUUGCAGAAAAUUACUGGAUGUCCAAGUAUGGCCAGAAACACUGAGGUGUCUGUUGGCAAAUCCAAACAAGGAGAUCCAGUACAGAGGAACAUACAUGCUUUACAACAUCAUUUCUGAUGAUAAAGAUGUUGCUGCUAAAGUGUUCGAAACAGACAUUAUGGAGAUAUUAAUGGCUAUCACAAAAUUAGAAGACCCAGAUGUAAAGAGGACAGUUGAAAAUGCUCAGAAAUGUCUAAAUGCUGCUGAGGAGAUGGGAGUUAUUAGAAAACCUGAUGAAACAGUUAUGGUUGAUCCAUUCAAAGAAGCAGAAGCAGAAGGCAUUGAAGAAGAAAAUAUGUAA